AUGAAAUGUCGAAUAGAGUUUGUGGCUGUCGCUACCACGGUCCUACUAGUUAUCGUUCGCUGCUUCUACACGGUUCAAAAGCCAAAUUUACACUGCGCUUCCUACAAUUUUACGCGAGAAAUGAUUUUAAGGCUUAUCAACGACCCUGUUAAUCCUCUUAAAACCACGGUCUACGUUAUUACCCCAACCUAUCAGCGAUGGACACAGAAAGCGGAUUUAGUGCGACUUUGUAGUACCCUAAAUAAUGUGAAGUUUGUUCAUUGGAUCGUUGUCGAGGACGCAACAGAGAAGUCAGAAACUUUGCGUAAUUUCUUUAAUCACUCAUUAUUCAACCAUUUUUCCAACUUUUGCAUUCAAGCUCCCACCACUGUCAGUUUUCUGACUGCUUUCCAUUGUUUUGUUUUCAAUGCUAAAAAAUUAAUUAACGUUCAAAUUUGUAACCUCAGUGUACCGCUAGUAGGCAUUCUUGCUAUUAAGCGAUAUUCUGGCCUUUCACGGUUUUUCUUGCCAUCGCGCAGAUUGGUAACUGAAGUACUCUCAGAAUGUGGUGUUCCCUACACACACCUCAAUGCGAUGUCGCCCUUUCGAAGGCGGAAACGAGUGCGCGGUUCAGCACAGCGCAACAAAGGCAUCGAGUGGAUUCGCAAUCAUCCUCUUCCAAAUACCGAAAAAGGCAUUGUCUUCUUUGCUGACGAUGACAAUACCUACGACCCACGGAUAUUCAAAGAGAUGCUCACGACACAACUGGGUUCUACUUGGCCAGUGGGUCUGGUUGGCGGAAGUAAGUGGGAGGGUUGCAUCACUGACCCCAAGGAUCGCAACAAGAUCAUCGGCUUUUGGUGUGUAUUUCGGCCCUGGCGUCAAUUCCCUUUUGACAUGGCGGCCUUUGCAGUGAAUGCGCGCCUAUUCACUCUCUUCCCUACGGCUCGAUUUGAUUACCAUCGCGCCCUGGAACAAGAGGGACUCAUUCUUUCCCAGCUUGGCUUCCACAGUGCUUACGAACUUGAACCCAAAGCUGAUGGUUGUUCCAAAGUAUUCGUGUGGCACACGCAGACGCGAACACCGACCGUCUUUCCCUACUUUGGAUUUCAACCACCCCCUCCGGGUUUUGUGUAG